GAGGAAGUCUCAGGCACUUCCUCACAAUGUCAGCAAGCAAGAGAAAAACAAAAUCAAGAGGUUGCUGUCACUUUCCUGAACUCAAUUUGCAAAACUGAAUGCCACAGUUUACAAUACGGGAUAUAAAUCAGCAGCUUUUUGGAAAACAUUGAAUUACCGUGCAAUCCACGCUCGAAGAGAUGGCUUCACAAGUAAUGUUCCAUAAUGCCACCGAUCUACCAAAUUACUUGAACUCAGACAAUGGAAAUUCCAAAAACUUUACUUUAGGUUUAGACAAUCGCACAAUCAUCAAGUUUUUGAAAGCACAAAACUUAGUUUCAAGAAGUGUUUACAUCUACAGUAUAUUUGGACUUCUGGGACUAGUAAUGGGCAUCCUUAUCCUCAUCAGAAACAUUCGAAACUAUAAGCAGAACAUGAAUUUUGAGAAACUUGACAUCAUACUAUUGUCCCUGACAGUGGCAGAUUUCACACUCAUUCUUUUCUCACUCACUGAUGUGGUCAGACCAGAGGAAGUAAAUACCACUGCGCUUGGCUGUGCCAUUCUCUCAUUCUUCUUCAAUAUCUCCUACUUUUACACAGGAUACACUCACAUUGUGAUUUUCUUCUUGGUAUACGACCACCUGGAAGUGGCAAGGAGAGCUUUAAAAAAAGUGUAUAUCUCCAUCUUGGCUGUAAUGGGCAUUAGCAUCACCUUCUCCAUCCUGAUCACAUCAAUAAGUGGGGCUGGACAACACCCAAACAUGUCAGUGAACUGCCACGUGGACCCGCUCGAAGCCCCAGACGAAUACAGCAUUCUCAAGUUUGUCUUUGGAUUCUUAAUACCCACACUCAUCAUUCUGGGCUUACUCCUGCAUUUCCUGGUCCAUUCCAAAUGCUUGCAGAAAGCACACGAGCACCAAGACCACAUUGGGUGCUUCCACCCUCAACGGGUGUUUCUGAUGCUGGUAACAGUGACUUUUAUUUGCCGCUUGAUUUAUAAUAUUUUGCUUCUCCACAAAUCUCAAGAGGACGCAUCGCACCAUAUUAGUGGUUUCAAACUCAUGCCUCUGGUGACUAUCAGAGAAUUAGUCAUGUUUGCUGGGAGCUGCCUGUGCUUGAUGUUCAUUGCAAUUUUUCAUGAGCUGCGCCACCAAGCCAUGAUCAAUGCUUACCGAAACCAUAAUGUCAUGAGUCCCAAUAUUGAGAUCACUGGGAACCACGAAGAGUCUGCAUCGCUUAACUGAAGUACCUGCAACCCAGGAAGGAUACAAUUCUGCAACAAUUAACUCAAACAAUGCAGUGAUAAAUUCUACUGCUUUAAUUCUGUCCCAAUAAGUUUUUUUGAAGUAGGGUUUUAUCUACUUUGGCUUCUUGAACAUUCUCAAAUUCUUUUGAAGACCUAUUCCACAAUGACCUACACCCAGUCUUAAGCCUCUACAAUGUCAUUCUGGAUACAACUACAUUCUGGAAGGAAUUAGGUAGAAGACAAUACCCUCAGGGCAACUUUACUACAGUGAUAUGUGUUUCACCAUUGAAAAGACGAAGUAUGGAAAAUCUAAGUGUGGAAAAUCCACAGUACAAGCAACUCAUGAACACCUUUUUUUAAAUAUAAUGGGGCCAAGCACAGAUUUAGCUUAGAAAAGUGACAGAAUAACAGAGUUAAAUUAUUAUAAAUCGCUUUAUGAACACAAAUGAUCCCUGGUUUAAAACAAAGAAAGUUUUGAUUUGCUAUUUUUUAAUAUCAAAAUGGUAAAGGUCUUGUAAAAUUUAAGAUGCAGAAAAACAGAUGCAGCUGCAGAAAAUAGGCUACAAGUUACAAAGUUAAGAGAUUCACAGCAUACUACUCCUAAAACCACAGGAUUUGGUCUUUUCACUCCUUAUUUACCAAGGAGGUCACAGAUUAUAAAACGUGCACAGCACUGUAGCUCCAAAGCAUGUAGAGUGGGAAAAAAUGUCCACACUUGAUUGUAGCCAGCAGUAAAUCUUCAGAACAAUCCAUGCAAAUGACACCAGCCAUCGUUUUAACUGAUAGCAUUACGUAAAGUGCCAACGUUAAUGAGCUACUACACAACAUUAGCUGAACGCCAACAGUGCCAAAAUUGCAAAUUUUACUUUUACUCAAGAAACGGAGUGCUGUAAUAAUGGCAGUGGAUUAGAACCAUAGGCUUGAGUGACAGAUUUUACUAAAAUGUGGCCUCAUACCCAAACUUCUUUGAUGAGAAGAAGCCGAUUGUUGAGUGACUGCAGUUAGUUCCUCCUCUAGCCUCAAAACUUGUGAAAUCUUUUCAUCCUCCAUAGUGAAAACUUUUUGUUUUAAAGGUUGGGCAAUGCUCAACGGUUCAGAACCACAGAUGCCCAACCAAUGUGUGCUGUGGAGACCCAUUAAUCUGAAUAUUGAACAGUACUGAAUAGCAAGUGUGAAGUAUUUAGUGGAGAGAUGAGCUAACAACACUUUGUUAAACUUGUGAUAAUCCACCAAUAAAGCAAGCGCGCAAGAAAUUAGUGACGACGGCAUUGCAAUCAAGUAACAAUCAUAUUGUGAAGUGAUUCAUAGCCCACUUAAUUCCAAGAACGAAAGCAAAAAUGGGAUCAUUUUCUGCAAGAUUGUCUGAAUACACAUUUACAAAUGAGGUGCAUGAUCAACAUUAAAAUCAUACUUUAAAAAACAUAUAAAAAUGAUUAUACCAGCUCCUGCAAAAAAUGCAACUUCCUUCCGUUAACAUCUUGGAUCUGAAAUUAAAGUUAAAUAUUUUGACUUUAGGAUUUUAUAUCUUAACUGAUUUAGUAUUCUUCAGCAUACAGACAAUGAAAAAUAUUCAGUGCUAUUCUGAAGGGUAAAAAAAGGUUAACUGUAAGUUAAAUUUAGUAAACAUGUUAACUAAAUGUAAACGUCAAAUUAAAUUGCUUGAAGCUUCUAACCACAUAUAUUUGGAGAACGGACUUUAAAUGGAUUCAAAUCUUGUGCAGACUAUCCAAUCAACUGUACAUAGGUAGACUUGCAGGAAUAGGCAAAGGAAGUGCAAUGAUUUGUCUGCUUUGCCCAUUAGAAUCCUGACUGUUGUAUCACAGUUAUAACAGGUUCAGAUCUGACAUGAAGAAAACUCCCAUGUGCGCAGCUUUGAGAACCAUUGGUCCAAAGUCAGCUGUUCCUCCCAGGUACAUACUACACGUCAUGUCUUAAAUUACUCAUACACUGUAUCUCAAAAUAGUACCAACUGACAUGAUGUUACAAUAUAGGGCAAUAUAUAUUUUUGCCACAUUCUAAAUCAGGUCAGAAAAUUAAAAGAUAUCUAACUGCAGUGUACUGGUCACAUGUGCCACAUAAGAAUCUGGUAAAUGGUCCAGGAAGCUUAUUUUAUUUGCAUUAGUUAUUAUACAAUUACUGUAUAAAGGAUUUGAAAUGUCAUGCGGUAGUUUACUCUUGUGCGUUAGCGAUUCCUGAGUAUGUUACUUUUGACAGAUGAGAGGCACUUACCUCCUGCUUCCUUUCCCACUUUAGAUGAAAAAAAACUAUCCACUGAGCAGCAAUGACCAGCAAUGUUUAUUCCGACUGUUUAUAUCCAUCUCCAAUUGCAGUUUUCCAUUACCUAAUGACUGCACUAACAACACUAUAUAUUUUCCUCUAACAAAUUAAUUUAAUCAACACUAUAUAUUUUCCUCUAACAAAUUAAUUUAAUCAGGGUAAAGCAAAAGUGGUGACUCUGCAGAAGUCAUUAUGUUGACUAAAGCAAAAAAGAUUCUUUUCUUAAAAAGAAAGCUUUCCUGAGCACUUCGAGGGUUGGAAGAUGGAGUCAGUUUAACCACAGUUACAGAAAAAAAGGGUGCAAUUACUUGUAGGUGUAGUAGAACUGUUAUAAUGGGGGAACUUCAAUUACCCAAAGACUGGGAUACCAACAUUGUGAGGGGCAAUGAGGGUCAAGUGCCCCUGGAGUGUAUUAAGGUGACUUUGCUACAACAGUGUGUAUCUAGUCCAACAAGGGCCUGGUGCUUGGAAAUGAGGUGGGCCAAAUGGAACAUUUAGUGCGGCAGUGAUCAUAAGGUUCAGGCCGGUGUUAAGAGAAUGACAUGCAUCAAUUCAGGGCGAGUAAAAUCAAUUGGCAGAGAGCUGACUUUAAUGGGGCAGGAACAGAGCUGAGCAGGAUUGUUUGGAACGAGAGAUUGGUUUGCAAGAUCAGUAAUUGAACAAUGGGCCAUCUUCGAGGAGGAAAUGGUUUGGGUACAGUCAAGGUAUAUUUCCUUUGAUUGGAAAGGUAAGACAAACAAAUCCAGGGUUCACAUGAUUAUUUUAUUAAUUAACAUUAGAAGGAAAAGGGCUGCUUAUGACAGGCAGAAAACAGAAUUAGAAUCAACAGGAAUACCAAAUGUUUAAGGGAGAAGUCAAAAAGCAAAGAGGAACAAUGAGAAAAUAACUGGAAGCUAACAAAGGGAAAUACCUAAAUUUUCUAUAGGAAUAUAAGCACAAUAGAGUAGUUAAAGGAGUGGUACAGUCAGAGACCAAAAAGUGGAUUCACAGACAGAGGCAGAGGCGUUCAAUGAAUAUUUUGCAUUUGGCGUCAUAAACGAUGAUGAUGUCCAGGCCCAGGUGACAGUGGAAGAAACCCUAUCAACUGAAGGGACGAAUAUGAACAAAAAAGAAGUCUUGGAUAGACCGUUAGUACUUAAAUUUAAAAGAUAUCAGUACCGCAGCCAAGGAUUGUAAAGGAAGUGAAGGUAAAAAUUGCGGAGGGACUGGUCAUAAUAUCAUAGAAUAGAUGACAUGAAGUUGUUUCCACGUGUUGAAGAAACAAGAACAUGAGGGAAUGGAUUUUAAAUUGACAUAUAAAUUAGGCAAGGGUGGUGUGAGAAAAUAACAUUUUCACACAAGAGAUUGUUAGGGUAUGGAACGGACUGCCUGAAAAUGUGAUGGAGGUAGGUUCAAUUUAGGUAUUGAAGACUGUUUUGGAUGUUUUCUUGGAUACCAAUGGUGUGCAGGGAUAUGGGGAAAAGAUAGGAGUUUGGCACAAGAGAACAAGUGCAAGCAUGAUAGGCUAAAUGGCCUCCUUCCAAAUCGUAAUAAUUCUGUGAUUCACUCCUGCAAUGCUUUGCAACAAGGGGAGGAGUAUAAGCAUUGAAUCCUUGUUACAGCAUUGGUAUUGGUCUAUUAUCUUUUGCUACACUAAAUUUAGUUACAAGUAGCCAAACGGCCAUUUAGCUAGUGAUUAAAAAGUCUUUACGGGGGUGUCAGGAGCAAGUUUAGGCUCCUAAUACUGACUGAUUGUGAUAAUGAAGUCAAUUUCAAGGUGGAGGGAGGAGGAUAGACUAUAAAGAAAGGAAAAUUAAUCUUUAGCAUUCUUAACGCUCCCCCGACUUAAAUUGAAAUGUUCAUAUCUGCUUCAUUUACCUCAAGAAGCCUCCAUGCCCAUCUCAACUCUAUUCAGUCUCUACGAAGCCCAACUUCAUCCAAAACAAAAUACUGCUCCUUGAUCUGAUGAGGCUAUUCUACUAGGAGCUCCCUCAUUCACCAUGACUAGAAACAAUAACAAAAAUCUGCUCAACGCUUGAUUGCUUGUUCCCAAUGGCAAAACCUGCCUGCCACAGCUUUUUUAAUCUUGCUCUGAUUUAUGAUUUUAAUUAGUGCUGCUCUAACCUUACCCUCUUUACCCGCUUCGCCUGAAAAUUAACUUUUUUAGAUACAGUAUGCUUUCUCUUCCUUAUGUUCCACAUUGUUGAAAUUCAGAUUCAUGACUCCAGCUUGUUCUUUCCUCGGUCCUCAAAACUACAGGACUCCGAAUUUUCCUUAGUGAUUCCUUUCUAUGACAACCUUCCAGCUUUGGACAGCCAAGGCCAGUAUGAUCUGAUCAGUAAAACUUCUUAUUUUAGAUGUUUCUCCUCAGUGAAUUAGACAAAACUAAAUUAUAUUCAAGGUUAUCUUCAGCUGCACAACCUUCAAAUCGUACUGACGUUAUAAUUGUAUUCAAUGUAAAUUAAUGAAAGAGCAAUAAAAGCUGUCAGAUCUCAUCAGUAAUCAGAAGGAAGAGUGUCAUUAUAUUCUACUUGCAGUACUGUUUAUUUCUUGCUGGUUUUGUAACUUUAUGCCUGUCCCCCUCUCUCUCUCUCUCUCUCUCUCUCUCUCUCUCUCUCUCUAUUAACUUCUCAUGUUGUUCAUUUUUCUCGGUGCAUUAUCGAUCUCAGCUUUUCACCUUUGUUUCUCAGUAAUAAAACAAUACAGUGCAAUACUGACCUGGAUUCAAACCACUUGAUGGCUCUGUACAGAAGUAAAUUUGUGAAAAAUGUAAAAUGCCAUUACAUUUCCACCCAGUGGCAAGCCUUGCAAUAUGACAGUCAUACAAUACAGUCACAGAUGUACAGCAUGGGAACAGACCCGUCAGUCUAGCUCAGCCAUGUUGAACAGAUAUCCUAAAAUAAUCUAAUCCCAUUUUCCAGCAUUUGGCCCAUAUCACUCUGAAAACUUCCUAUUCAUAUGGCCAUCCGGAUGCAAUUUAAAUGUUGUAAUUGUACCAAUCUCCACCACUUCCUCUGGCAGCUCAUUCCAUAAACAUACCACCACACUUUGCAUAAAAAAAGUUGGCCUUAGGUGCCUUUUAAAUCUUUCCUCUCUCACAUUGAACCUUUUGGACUCCCUACCUGGGGAAAAGACCUUGGCAAUUCACCCCAUCCAUGCCUCGCAUGACUUCAUAUUUCCCAAAAGGUUACCCCUCAGUCUCUGGCACUCCAGGGAAAAUAGCCCCAGCCUAUUCAGCUACUUCUGCACAUUUAACUUUGAAACAGUUUUCCACCAGUACACGUUAUGUAAUUGGAUAUCAAAUACACCUACUUAAAUUUCAAGUCUCUCUAUUAUAAAUACUACUCCACCACCAUAUACUUCACGUCCAAUCUUCCCUCAAACCAAUGUGCCAAAAUUCUUCUAUUUUCUUUCCUCAUCAUUAGAUUCCUCCAAUUAGCCACACUACAUGAACUCAACUUUGUGUGGAACUGUCACUGUUUGUCCUGCAUUAAAAUCUCAGUCAGGCCUGUUCUCAUAAUUGUACACAAGUUACUUAUUAUUCAAUGCACUGAAUUCAAAACUCUUGUUCACAAAUCUUUAUGGAGCAUCACUCAAUAUGUCUGCAACUUCAUUCAGCCUAAAUUCCAAGGUGCAUCCUUCACCCCUCCAGCUUUGUUUUCUGUACACGCUUCCAUCAUUCUGCAGAUCUGAUACAUGACCUGGAAUUCCAACCCCAAAUGUUUGCUGUUUUACUUCCUUCUUAAAAGCUUCCUCAAAGGCAUGUUCUUCUAUUAGUCAGUGUUUACUUUGCUUCUGUGUUCUACUCAAGACCAAGGGUCUCUGCUGAAAUAGCCACAGUGACGGAUUAGAUCAAAUGUGUUGUAACUCACUGACAUCUCUGAACUACUGCGUGGACCUCGCUCUGACCACCUGCUGCUUUUAACGUAUUUGAAAAACUGUAAAGGACUUUGACAAGUUCCACCCCAAGAAACUGUUUACCAUGGCGCCAGAAAUGGCAACAACAUGCAAAGUCAAAGCACCUACAACUUAUUGAAAUAUUCCAAGGGAAUUGGGUGGAGCUCAAAAUAGGGCACAUUAAUGAAUAGAUCCGAUACAUAAAGAGUACAGACUGCUGAAUGUUUCAAAUGUACUCUGAGGAAGAUAACAGAAUUACUGUUGUUAUUAGUCUUGAACAUAGACAGGCAUUGGCUAAGGAAAUCAAUUAAAGGAAACUGAACAGUUACUGUACUGUACAUUCUGAUUUUUUUUAUUUAAUUUGG